AACUGCCUUCAUCUAAUUUCUUGCGGAUUCAGUUAUCAGCGAGCACGUCUCUCGGAUGCGUUUGAGAGCGCGAUGCGAGGAAGACUCAUGGAUAAAUCAUGAACACGCAAACCGUUGGAUUUAUUUGAUUCAUAUGGUGCUGGGGUUGAAGUUAAAGGGAUUCGGAAUAAUUGUUCAUAUUUCCAACCUGGCUGGGGAGAGGAGGACUGUUGCGAUGUCAUCCCGUUCAACAUUUUUGGAGCUUUGUGGAAGAGGGAGGCUGGAAUGAAGUCGAGCACUAUGGGGUUUUCCAAGUCGGUUCUUCUGACUCUUCCAGCUCUCCUUACCCUCCUUAACAUCUCACAUGCGGCGGAAAAGGUUCCCAUACUGAACAUUGCUGUGAUCCUGGGCCAAACCCGCUACAUCUCGGACAGAGAUAUACGGGCUCUGUGGAGCAAGGAAGAUCCCAUCGACGUCAACGUGGUCACCCUGCUCGUGAAUGAAACAGACCCCAAGAGCAUCAUUACCCAUGUGUGCGAUCUCAUGUCCGGGACUAAAAUCCACGGCGUGGUGUUUGGGGACGGCACAGACCAGGAAGCCAUCGCCCAGAUUUUGGAUUUUAUUUCCUCGCAGACGUUGAUACCUAUCCUGGGGAUCCACGGGGGUUCGUCCAUGAUCAUGGCGGAUAAGGAUGUGAAAUCAACCUUUUUCCAGUUUGGGGCUUCGAUCCAACAGGAGGCGCUGCUAAUGCUUAAUAUCAUGGAAGAGUACGACUGGCACAUCUUUUCCAUAGUGACCAGCAAGUUCCCAGGCUAUCAAGACUUUAUUUCCAUUUUGAAGAGCACGGUCGACAACAGCUUUGUUGGUUGGGACCUUCAGCACACCAUCACCCUGGACGCUGUGGACGGCGACACCAGAACCCAGAUCCAGUUGAAGAAGUUGCAGUCUCCAGUCAUCCUCUUAUAUUGCUCCAAAGACGAAGCCGCUUAUAUCCUAGAGGAGGCCCGCUCGCUGGGCCUGACCGGCUUCGGAUACAUCUGGAUCGUGCCCAGCCUGACCACGGGCAACCCGGAGAUCACACCAGGUUCGCUCCCUUCUGGAAUGAUCUCUGUGUCUUACGAUGACUGGGACUAUCCUCUUGAAGCAAGGGUUCGAGAUGGACUUGGGAUUAUAACCACAGCGGCUGCAGCAAUGUUGGAGGAAUUUGGAGACAUUCCAGAGGCCAAAACCAGCUGCUAUGGCCAAAUGGAGAAAGCGAAGUUGCCUCCCAGUGUAUUACACAAGUACAUGAUGAACGUGACCUGGGAUGGCAGAGAUUUAUCCUUCACGGAGGACGGUUACCAGGUGUAUCCCAAACUGGUGGUGAUCGUGCUAAACAAGGACAGAGAAUGGGAAAAGAUGGGGAAAUGGGAGAACCAGAGUUUGACCUUGAAAUAUCCGGUGUGGCCACGCUUCAACUCUUUUGGCGAUGCAGAGACGGAUGACAAUCACUUGCGCAUCGUAACGCUGGAGGAGAAGCCGUUUGUUAUCGUGGAGAAUGUGGAACGCCUCACAGGCACCUGCAUGAGAAACUCAGUGCCCUGUCGCAAAUACAUCAAAGACAAUACAACAGAGGCAGGAGGAACAUACAUUAAAAAGUGCUGCAAAGGAUUCUGCAUCGACAUCCUUAAGAAGAUCGCACGGAACGUGAAGUUCACAUAUGACCUCUAUCUGGUCACCAAUGGGAAGCACGGGAAAAAGAUCAACAACAUGUGGAACGGCAUGGUGGGAGAUGUGGUCUACAAAAAAGCCGUCAUGGCCGUAGGCUCGCUGACAAUCAAUGAAGAACGCUCGGAGGUCAUUGAUUUCUCUGUGCCCUUCGUGGAAACAGGGAUUAGUGUGAUGGUAUCCCGUAGCAACGGAACAGUCUCUCCAUCUGCAUUUUUAGAGCCCUUCAGUGCAUCGGUGUGGGUCAUGAUGUUUGUCAUGUUGCUGCUGGUGACUGCAAUGGCUGUCUUCAUGUUUGAAUACAUCAGCCCUUUGGGCUUCAACAGGAACCUAGCUCAGGGCAAAGAUCCCCACGGACCGUCCUUUACUAUGGGGAAAGCGGUGUGGCUGUUGUGGGGCCUGGUGUUUAACAACUCUGUACCUGUUCAAAACCCCAAAGGCAGCACCAGUAAAUUCAUAGUGUCUGUGUGGGCUUUCUUCGCUGUAAUCUUCCUGGCCAGUUACACUGCUAAUCUGGCCGCCUUCAUGAUUCAAGAAGAAUUUGUGGACCAGGUUACUGGCCUAAGUGAUAAUAAGUUUCAGAGCCCAUACUCCUACUCUCCUCCCUUCCGCUUUGGAACGGUUCCCAACGGCAGCACAGAAAGGAACAUCAGGAAGAAUUACCCAGACAUGCAUCAGUACAUGGUGAAAUACCAUCAGUCUGGAGUGAAUGACGCACUGGUCAGCCUAAAGACCGGAAAACUUGAUGCCUUCAUAUACGACGCAGCUGUGUUGAAUUACAUGGCUGGUAGGGACGAGGGCUGUAAACUGGUGACCAUUGGCAGUGGCUACAUCUUCGCUACCACCGGCUAUGGCAUCGCCCUGCAAAAAGGAUCUCUAUGGAAGCGUCCGGUGGAUCUGGCCAUCCUUGCUAUUAUUGGAGAUGGUGAGAUGGAGGAGUUGGAGGCUCAGUGGCUGACUGGGAUCUGCCACAAUGAGAAGAACGAGGUAAUGAGCAGCCAGCUGGACGUGGACAACAUGGCCGGUGUGUUCUAUAUGCUGGCGACUGCCAUGGGUCUCAGUCUCAUCACCUUUGUCUGGGAGCAUCUGUUCUACUGGAGGCUCAGAUACUGCUUCACUGGCGUCUGCACGGGCACACCCGGCCUGCUCUUCGGUAUCAGCAGGGGUAUUUGGAGUUGCAUCCAUGGUGUCCAUAUCGACAUGAAGAAGAAAUCAUCUGACUUGGACUUCAGUCCACAAUCCAACAUGCUCAAGCUUAUAAAAUCUGCCAAACAGAUGACUAACAUGACCAACCUCAGCGGCUCCCGGAUCAACUCUCCCAGACGCGGCAGCGAGUUUAUGCACUCAGCCAGCCCUAUGAUCAUGGACAUGAUGGCAGAGAAAGGAAACUUCAUAUACACAGACAAUCGCAGCUACGCCCAAAAGGACAUCUAUGGAGACUCCAGUGACCUGCAGGCGUAUCUGGCCAACCGCCACAAAGACCAUCUGAACAACUACAUCUUUCAAGGUCAGCACCCCCUCACCCUUAAUGAAUCCAACCCUAAUACGGUAGAGGUGGCGGUAAGCGCAGACGCAGCCCAGACUAACGCGAAACCCCGGGCUCUGUGGAAGAAAUCUGUGGAUACUUUGCGUCAGACUCAGGGGCCCGAAGCCCUGGACCCCCGUUUGUCUAUGAAGAGCCAGAGGUACCUGCCGGAAGAUGCUGCGCACUCUGAUAUCUCAGACUGCUCGAGCAGGGCCUCGUACAAGGAUUCAGACAUUAACAAGCACCUGAAGCCCAAAGAUAACUUAAAAAAAAGACCGAUGACGUCAAAAUACCCUAGGGAUUGCAGUGAAGUGGAGCUGUCCUACUUAAAAAAUAAGCAGGGCGGAGCGGGCAGGGACAAAAUCUACACCAUAGACUCUGACCGGGAGCUGAGUCUGCACUCGGAGCCUCAACACUACAAAGAAGGCAGAGGCCUGACCACAGACGAUUUGGAUUUUGGUGAAAUUUACUCCGACCACAACGACAAUUACAGGAAAAGCGACCAGCCUAUCAUCCAUCUGAACAGCAGCCCCCUGCAUCAAAACGAAUCCGACCUCCUGCCAGAUAACGCCUACAACAAACACUACAGCCUGAAGGAGAAGAACCUCAGUCAGCACGAAAGUAACGACCGCUUCAAACAGACUCAUUGCCGCAGUUGUCUUUCCAAGGUGCCCAACUACAGCACAGGGCCGUACGGCCCCUUACGCUCGCCGUAUAAUCGGUGCGAGGCGUGCCUCCACAUGGGCAACCUAUAUGACAUCAGCGAGGACCAGAUGUUGCAGGAGGCCAUGAUAAGCCCUACCAUGCAACACGAUGACAUGUUCAGCCAUUACUGGCCCCAGACGGAUGGGCCACACGUACAGAGGAGGAACAGACUGAGGCUCAGCCGGCAACAUUCUUUUGACAACAUCAUGCUCGAGAAGCCCAAAGAGAUCGACCUGAACCGGCCGGCGCGUAGCGUCAGCCUAAAGGAGAAGGACCGCUUCCUGGACGACAGCUCUUAUACAAACAUGUUUAACAUCAAGGCUGACAAACUGUUCGGCAGCAGGUCCAUGCUCUUUAACCGCAACCUGGAGGAAAGCAAGCGCAGUAAGUCACUUUACCCCGAUCACCCCACAGACAACCCCUUCCUGCAAUCUAUACGGGACGACACUCGCCUGGUCCACGGCAGGAGCUCCUCGGAUAUUUACAAACAAUUGGCUCCCAUCAAAGCGCGGAACGAGAACAAUCUGAGGUCCUCCGUAAAGUCCACCACUUCGUUCUGUUCCAGGGAUGGUCGAAUACCCAAUGACAUGUACAUAUCAGAGCAUGCGAUGCCUUACGUAGCCAACAAGACUAGUGCAUACUCAGCUCCCCGGGUCCUCAACUCUUCGCAGUUUAGCAAUAGAGGAGUGUAUAAGAAAAUACCUAGUCUCGAGUCAGAUGUUUAAUGCUUUUUUGUGUAGCUGAUAUAUUUACUCACGUAGAAUGCCACAGUCACCUACAGUACAUCUUAAAAAAGUACCCGAGUACUCUUUUCGCAGAUAUCGCUCUUCUUAUACGAGUGAGUCAGACUGGAUAGCGCUUUCCAAAGGUUUCAGCAUUUCUUGGCAAGCGUCUCAACGACUAUUUGCCAAAAGACAAUUAGUCAAGUAUAAGCCAAUACAAUUUGGUUUAGCAUGGAAGUUGUUGAUUUCCCCCACGCUUGGCCCCGUGCCGGUGUGUACACAAAAUGCGCAGAUGCAGUGCUUUGAAGUCCGACCCAUCGCUGUGGUUGGCCGAGGCAGAUUAUAGGGUGGGGUUUCAGGUGCUUGGCCCCACACAGCAUGUAAUAAGGGCAUACCUACCUGUAUCCCAUUGACUGUGGCUGGAAGUUAGGGCAAGCAAGGGUAUUUCAUUUUCGGCAAUUGCAUAUUUGCUUUUAUUACUAUAGACUUGGGAUUUUUGGCAUUCUAAUCCCUAUUUAGAUCUUAGUAUUUAUCUUAUUUGGUAGCACAAUAGCAAUUAGUUAAUCGCCCACCUCUGCUUUAUAAACAGAACUUCUAUAUUACUGUCAGGAAUAGCUUUUUUGGUUUUGCAUGUGCCUUUAUUUCUUGUCUUCUCUCUCUUGGUUUGAUCAAAGAUAUAAUUACACUAAGGUGAUAUUGUUUGCCAGCUGAGGUGACACACCUGGGCAAUGAAAACCUGACCUGUGUGUAGGUGGGUUGACCCCGGGUAUGUCGGAGACCCUGAGACAACACACACGAGCAGCCUUUGGGAAUAUUGUGUUGAUCCUCUAUUUCAAGAAUUAUGUUCUGUUGGAGGAUGGAAGCUUGUGUCACAUUUUAUUUUCUCAGUACUUCCAUCCAUGUCACUGUACACUGUGAAACUGACUCAGAUCACCUCCUGAAGACCGCUGUUUACGUUGUAGUUUGGCAGAGCAUUGCUUUGUGCAAAGAGUGCCACACAUAAAACCUUGGGUUAGCUUGAAGUCUGAAACCAGAACAUUGGUUUUCUGUUGCAGUCCGCUCAACACAUCCGAGGACUACUAGCAAGACCUUUGCUCUGCAGACCUGUUACUACACUUUAUACUGUAAAGAUACAUUCGAUGAACUACUUGCAAUGUUAAUCAGAACACAUAGCCAAAUUGUGUAUUCGAUCAAAUACCUCAGGAUGGGUCUUUUUCUGUAACAUUUUCAUUGCGCUACUGAUAGUCACAUUAAGCCAUCGCGGACGUUAGCGUU